AUGAUUAGGACGCUGUUGGGAAGAAGAAAAAAGCCACUGGCAUUAAGCAACUCAAAUCAAUCAAGAUCAACCACAGAAUAUUUAUCUACUCUACCGUCUGCUACUGCUGCCGAUACUUCAAGUUGUAUUAUGAACGUGAUCAUCUGUUGCUUUUAUCAAAUCCACAAACCGUUUAAAUCAAUUUCGUUGUCAUGUGGAUAA